CAGACAACACAAACAUCAGCCAUUCUUCAAACAAAACAACAUUUUGUCUUGGAAGUCUCAUAAACAUUACUUGUACAUCUAAUGCAAACCCUCCUGUUGAUAACUACACUUUGUAUCGAAACGAGGAAUGGGUUCAGGAAAACAAUGUUGGUUUAUUCAAAGUGAUGCUGGACAAAAAAGGGAUAAACAGGUUUAUGUGUGAACCUAGAAACAAUGUUGGAGUCGGGGAAAACAAAAGCUUAACUCUUAUCAACGUUACAGAACCACCAAAAAUCAGUAAUUGUGCGAUAUACGAAGGCGAAAAGGGAUAUGCUUCAGCAGUUGAAGGAAGAAAUGUAACUGUGAGGUGUGAUAUCUCUGGUAGUGAGCCGUUAAACAUAACAUGGACUAAUGGACAGCAAGUGUGGCAUGACAACACUGUCACAUUUGAACCAGUCAGCAGGAGUGAUACUGGUACUUAUAAUCUGACAGUGAGCAACGGAGAGGAAUGUAACAAAACUGAAACGAGUUACUACCUAGACGUGUAUUACAAAGCAGAUAAAACAGACAUCAGCCAUUCUCCAAAUAAGACAACAUUUUGUCUUGGAAGUCUUAUAAACAUUACUUGUACAUCUAAUGCAAACCCUCCUGUUGAAAAGUACACUUUAUAUCGAAACGAGGAAUUGAUUCAGGAAAACAAUGCUGGUCUAUUCAAAGUGAUGCUGGACAAAAAGGGGACAAGCAGAUUUACCUGUAAACCUGAAAGCCAGAUUGGAGUCGGUGAAAACAAAAGCUUAGCUCCGAUCAACGUUACAGAACCACCAAAAAUCAGUAAUUGUACGAUAUACGAAGGCGAAAAGGGAUAUGCUUCAGCAGUUGAAGGAAGAAAUGUAACUGUGAGGUGUGAUAUCUCUGGUAGUGAGCCGUUAAACAUAACAUGGACCAAUGGACAGCAAGUGUGGUAUGACAACACUGUCACAUUUGAACCAGUCAACAGGAGUGAUACUGGUACUUAUAAUCUGACAGUGAGCAACGGAGAAGAAUGUAACAAAACAGAAACGAGUUACUACCUAGACGUGUAUUAUGUCCCAGAAUCUACAACAAUGGAAAUCUAUCCAAACAAGACUACAUUUUGUCGUGGAGAUCAGAUCUACGUCAACUGUACAGCAAGUGCAAAACCACAAGCUAAUUACUCGUUGUAUCAAAACGACGAACGAAUCGGUAAUAGCAGGAGUAACCAUUUUUUUCUCGAUUUAAAUACGUCAGGCAACAUCUCCUUUACGUGUGUGCCUAGUAAUGAAGCUGGAUAUGGGAGAAAUAGCAGUGUUACACUGGAAGUGAAAGCAUCACCGGGAAUCAGUCACUGUAAAAUGUUAGAAAACGGAAAGGAAAAGGCUUAUGCAGUUGAAGGAAGAAAUGUAACUUUGGUGUGUGAUAUAUCUGGUAGUGAGCCGUUAAACAUAACAUGGACUAAUGGACGGCAAGUGUGGAAUAACAACACUGUCACAUUUGAACCAGUCAACAGGAGUGAUACUGGUACUUAUAAUCUGACAGUGAGCAACAGAGAGGAAUGUAACAAAGCAGAAACGAGUAACUACCUAGACGUGUAUUAUAUUCCAGAAUCUACAACAAUGGAAAUCUUUCCAAACAAGAUUACAUUUUGUCGUGGAGAUCAGAUACACGUCAACUGUACAGCAAGUGCAAAACCACAGGCUAAUUACUCGUUGUAUCAAAACGACGAACUGAUCGGUAAUAGCAGGAGUGGCCAUUUUUUUCUCGAUUUAAAUACGUCAGGCAACAUCUCCUUUACGUGUGUACCGAGUAAUGAAGCUGGAUAUGGGAGAAAUAGCAGCUUAAGAAUAGUAGUUCAAGAGCCCACGACAAUUGCGAACUGUACCAAAAUCAUUGGCAACACUCAUUUAGCUUAUGAGGCUGUCAAUGAAAAUGAAAAUGUAAAAGUGAUGUGCAAUAUCUCUGGUAAUGAACCACUGAACGUAUCAUGGAGAUACGGAACUAGAGUAUGGUAUCAAGAAUACCUGGUGUUUCCAUCCAUAAGUCGAAAAGAUGCUGGGACAUAUGAAAUUCUAGUUAAAAGUGGAAGACAGUGUAAUCAGACAGCAAAACAGAACGUGACAUUGAAUGUACAUUAUCCACCAGAUAGAAUCACGUGCAAUAACAAGACAGUUCUGGAGGGUGAUGAUGUCCAACUAGUUUGCAGUGCUAAUGGUAACCCACCACCUGAUAUGAUGUGGAUAAGAAAUGGAAAUAUUCGAGGCAUGGGGAGUACGUUACUAAUCAAAGGUGUAACAAAAAUUGAAGGAGGAACCUAUACUUUCUUCGCCAACAACAGUCUUGGUCAAGACGUAAAGGAGAUUUUCAUAACAGUUAAAUACUUAGAUCCUCUGGAAGUGAUUGGAUCAAGUAACAAGAGCUACAGUCAGUCCAAUCCACUGGUAUUGUUCAACCUUAGUAUCAACGCAUAUCCCAGUAACACAUCCUUGUCUUGCAACCCUUCUGCACCGAAUAUAUUGACUACCAUCACCAGCCAUGAUGCGGGAUUAAAUGGAAAACGGUAUUUGGUUUUCGUUGUCAUCCAGAAAGAAGUGGAUAGUGCUAGCAUUGUGUGUAAAGCUGAAAAUAGCGUCGGUGUACGAGAAAGGACAUUGUAUUUUUACAGACAACCAAUACUUUUCAAGGAAGCGUUUACCGGGCAGUUUAGAAUAACAAACCAAGAAUGGCAGGAUGACCUUCAGGAUGUAAAGUCAGCAGGCUACAAUGAUCUUAAACAGAAGUGCAUCAAAAUAUUAGAAGCUGCAUACUCAGGUGUACAAUAUUUGGCUGCCGUGAACAUAAAAGAUUUCAUUAAGGGAAGCAUCAUAGUGCGGUUUGAGCUCGAAGUCAUUGGUAAAGUACCUGAUCCACUGCUGCCUUUGAGAGAUUAUAUCAAAAGACACGGAGAAGAGAUCAAUGGCUUACAGAUAGACUACAACAGCAUUCAGAAAUCAAAUGACCUCAAAGAAAAUACGCCGAUUCCAACUGAUAAAGACAACAAGACACUAGUUGCAGUUCUUGGAGUACUGUUUGCUUUGUCCAUUGUUCUGAACAUCAUAUUUAUAGCGGGUUUCCUGUGGCUAUGUAGAAGAGAUUCAAAAGGAAUUUCUGGGAAAAMAUCGAACAAAAGUGACGAGAGAGGACAAAUGAACGACAUCUCACUUCAAGAAACAAGUUUUAAUGCUACGGAUAAUGAAACACCAAACGUGCCAGAAUAUGAACCAAUAAAAAAGCUAGGAUUAUCGACGAGUAAUGCUGGCAUCCCUGAAUAUGAAGCAGUGACAACAAGAACCCGACCACAUCCACCACAUUCUGGUGUACGGACGAAUUACCCCAUGCCUCAGUAUGAAGGUGCAGAUCAACAUGGACAAACAGAGGCUGUUUCAAAUGCACCACCAGUCACCUAUCAGACCAUCCAACCUCGUACUGGUAACUAUGAUUCACUGAGUCCUUUCACACGGCUGCCCCCUAAGGGUACAGUACUGUCAUCCACAGGAAGCCCAAGACGUACAGGAGAGUACCAGGCCCUUCAACACAAGGGUGUAUCUCCACAGUACCAGUCUCUGGAUGACUUGAACAAAUGUUAAGUGAAUAUGGAACAAGAUGAGGCAUUGCCUUGUGCUUUUAAAAAUGCUACUAAUAGAGUAAAUAAUAUGCGGGACAUCUGUAUCUUUACUGAUAGCACACUCACUCCUCCAGUAUUAAAGACACACUUGCAAUUUAAUUUGAUCACAAUUUUCACUUUUCUUCGGUUCUUUUUCUAGACACAUUGAUCAUGCUAGACAGUCUUGUAAUAAUCAAGUAAAUCAUACACAAAUAUCAUAAGCUUAAAGAAAUUCAAGAAAAAAAAAAGGCUUUCAAGGAAGCGAUUUAAWUUAUAUUUGUCAACCAACAGCAUUCAAUACAAUAUGCUGACACCGCAAUAACCAAGCUAUAUUGGAUUUCAAUCACCUAUUGAUACUAUUAACAAUAAAGCAAAUAAUUCACAAA